ACGUUCUAAAUUGUCGAAAUAUAACGGAGCGCGAACGGAUCAACUUGUCCAUUAACUUCACUGGCUCUCCUGACAGUUGCAAGUCGUCUGAAAUUUCAAGUACACUGUAAAGAUGCGUUUCAUCUUAUGGGCUGUAGGCUUGUUUUGCCUUAUCGGUUUAGUGUCGUCGAGAAAUGCAGAGUAUAACAAAGAAAAUAGACAACCAAACAUCUCCAUCAUCGGUGGUAUUCCUGCGCUUCGUGGUGAAUUUCCAGGAUUGGGCGCUCUGCGUUUUAGUGGUGGUUCCCUUCGUUGCGGUGGAACUUUAAUUGGGCCGUCCCACGUCUUGACGGCUGGCCAUUGUAUAUCAAUAUUCACCUCGGACGAAAUCAGCACGUUCAACAUGAUCUUCAACACGUUGACGUAUAGUGGCGGAAAUGGCGCCAUCGUUAGAAAUGUAAAGAAAGGCGUCAUCCACGAAGAUUACGACAGCCCUGAGUUCAAUGACAUCGCCAUCCUUGUUUUAACUUCACCCAUCACAACCAUUCCUUUCACUAAACUUCCGACGGAUCCAGCAGCUUCAACCACAAAACCACCAACAACCAAACCGAAAACAACAACCAAACCGAAAACAACAACCAAACCGAAAACAACAACCAAACCGAAAACAACAACCAAACCGAAAACAACAACCAAACCAAAGACCACAACAUCAACUCGAAGACCAACCACAAAACCACCGUGUUCGUGUACGUGUCGACCAGCAGCCGUGAACCGAAGGGUUCGGGAAAGAGCCGAAGACUUUGAAUCGAGAGCGUUCAGUACGUACGAGAAUGCAUCGGCCGUCAUUGCUGGAUGGGGCGAAAUGUCCGAUGGCAACCUUUCGGACGUUUUAUUGAAAGCCAACGUCACGAUUCUAGACAAUGCAGUGGUCGCUGAUCAAUACGGUGAUUCGUUUUAUCCCGCAACGAUGCUAGGUGCCGCCGCUCCGGGUUUCGAUACCUGCCAGGGUGACAGUGGUGGUCCUAUUUACGUCAGCGGUGUUCAAGUUGGUAUUACCAGCUGGGGCGCCGGCUGUGCUCUUCCUGAGUAUGCUGGAAUCUACACGCGAGUCUCGAACUAUGUUGAUUGGAUCGCAAAAACCAUGGCCAACAACCCAGCUUAGAUAUUUGGCGCCACGCUACGAGCGGACGAGCAUGACUUUGAACUUCCUCUUCAUUUCACUUUUUAGCAUU